GUGUUUACUGAUAACAGUAUCUUUAUACAAGAACAACAAAUAUCAACAAAUAAUUUAGCUUUUCAUAAAAAAUGGCAACCCCUAUCAGUCAAAUUCCUCUCCGAAUUAAAGGUCAAACGACAUGUAUUCACCACAAGGGCAGAAAACUAUAUUUUUAUUGUGAAAAAUGUCAGGAACUGGUUUGUCCAAAAUGCCUUUCUUCUAUUCAUCAAGGCCAUUUUGUUUGUGAGCUAAGUGAAAUCUCUCCUCAGAAAGAACCAGACAUUAAAAACUUUAUAGACAGAACAGAAAAAAAUGACCUUGUGCAAAUUGGGAAAUACAUCACCACUACCGAUACCCUGCUUAAAGACAACACCAGUACUUUUGACAAGUUGUCACAACAGUUAAAAUUACAAACAGAUAAAUUAAAACAAGAGCUGGACAUGCUUACAGCACAGACACUCUCUUGUUACCACAAAAUGGAAGAGGAUAAUACCAAACUGAUAAAUAAAUACAAACAGGACCUUGAGAUGUACGAGAAGCAACUCAAACAACAAGUUCAAGAAUGCAAAGCAGCUCUCCAGCGUGGUUCACACAUACAGAUUUAUGAUGCUUUUUGUGAGAUCCAUUCUCCUACAUACGGUCUUCCUGUAAAACCUGUCCUAGUUACUGCCAACUUCACUCCAAAUGAAAAUCCUCAAGAUCGUUUGAAAAAAGCUUUGGGAAAAGUUACCACCUCAGGUCAAGGUCAAACUUUAACUGACCAGGAUCGGUCAGUCUCAACAUACAAACUGCUGCCACAGACCGAGGUAGUGGAGGAGCGGGAGUUUCCAUGUUACAUUAGGUCUAUAUGUCCCACCACUGAUGGUCAGGCGUGGACCAAGUACCUGGACAAAUUAACUCACCUGGACAGGAAGGGUAAAGUAAUACAGAAGGUCAAAAACAAUGUCUGUAUCUAUGACAUCAGCCUGUCACCCACCACACACACACUGUGGGUCUGUGAUUAUGAAUACAGCAUCAUGGAGCUGGUAUCAGGACGACUGACACACCGAUUUAGUACCAAUGAGGAACCCAAGUGUAUAUGUGUUACAGCCAGUAACCAUGUCAUUGUAGGGAUGACCAAACACAUCUCCAAAUUUACCACAGAUGGUAAAAUGGUGUGUACUACAAUGGCUAAAGGGACUGGGAAACCAUUAGUGUGUUCACCACACAGGAUCACAGAGUGUCCUGUCACUCACAAUGUGGCAGUCACUGAUUUCAGUAUUGAAAGUGAUGGUGGUGAUGGAAACAAACAUGUUGUUGUGAUGGACACUGAUUUCAAGGAGCUGUUUGUAUAUAGAGGUGACAUCCCCAGUAUAUAUAACCCAACACCACAAACAGAAGGUGAACCAUUUUACCCCCGUGAUGUGGUGUAUGACAGUGUGGGGAACCUGAUCAUAGGGGACUAUGACAACUACAGGGUCCUACUCAUCAGUGGAGUUGGUGAGUUCCUCAGGGUCAUACACACAGACACAGACUAUACAGUGGCUGUAGGUAUAGACAGGGAGGAUGUCCUGUGGACAGUGUUUGGGACAUGGUGUGAUAAAACAGUCAAACUACUACAGUACAGCAGUGUGUGACACCUGUAACCAAACAACUAGUGUAUCUAGUUACCAUGACAAUGACAUGGAAAUUAAAGACAAAGGAAACUUAUCAUGAUUACCAAUCAACCAUAAAUUGUGUGACAUUCACAGGAUUAAAAGUAAAAUGA